AUGCAGACCAUGACCUUUGCUAUCAGGGAGAUCAACCAGCGACGUGACUUGCUGCCUGAGCUGAGGCUGGGGUUCCACAUCAGAGACAGCUGUAACGAGGUCCCCGUGUCUCUGAAGGCCUCCCUGCUUUUGGUGAAUGGACAGCCAGGCCCCACAGCCAUCAGGAAUGGGAGUCUGUCUCCAGUGUUAGGUUGUGCCGAUGUCACCAGGUCCCCGUCUCCUGUAAUCAUAGGAGAUGCAUCCUCUGGUGUGUCGAUGGCUCUACUGAGAAGUCUGGGCCCCUUUCAGAUCCCCCUGGUGAGCUACUUUGCCUCCUGCAGCUGCCUGAGUGAGCAGACAGAGUUUCCCAUGUUCAUGCGCACCAUGCCCAGCGAUGCCUUCCAGGUCAGAGCCCUGGCCCACUUGGUCAGCCACUUCGGCUGGACCUGGGUGGGGGUCAUUGGACUGGAGUCUGACUAUGCCCGCUUCGCCAUACAGCUUUUUCUCCACGAGUCGUCCCUGCAUGGCGUGUGUGCUGCCUAUGUUCAUCUCUAUCCUGUGGUUCUGAGUCAGCAACCUCUGGAUGAGCUACUGGAUAUCAUUCAGGGGUCAUCUUCAAAGGUAAUAAUUAACUUCUGCAGUGAGUCAGAAGUGCAAAGCAUCAUGAGAGCCAUUCGACAGCGAAACAUCACAGGCAUCCAGUGGAUCGCGGGCGAGGCCUGGGCCACAGCCAAGUCACUCUGGGAGGAGUUUGGCGACCUCUUGAGCGGCACCUUGGGCUUCGGUAUUCGCAGAGCCGAGGAAAUUCCAGGGUUGAAGCAGCAUCUGUCCAGGCUUCGACCGUCCAACAUCCAAGAAUCGGCUUUCCUCACAGAGCUCUGGGAGGAGACACUCAACUGCAGACUGAACGGCUCUGUGAACACACAUUCUCACAUGGUCAACCAUCUGGAUCGAAAGCCUUGCACUGGCAUGGAGGAUUUAAACGACGUGUACUCUGCCUUCUCAGAUGUGAGCCAGCUCAGGGUGUCGUAUAACGUGUACAAGGCUGUGUAUUUGGUGGCCCAUGCACUGCAGAGAAUGAGUGACUGUGAGGCGGGGCAGGGGCCCUUUGUGAACGGCACCUGUGGAAAACCUCAAAGUCUAGAGCCGUGGCAGCUGUUCCACUACAUGAAGAAUACUAAGUUCUCCAUAUUGGGUGAAAAAGUGGACUUUGAUCGUAACGGUGACCCCAUCGCUUCGUAUGACCUCAUGAACUGGCGAAGGGAGCAGGAUGGCUCUCUGCGGCUGCUGAAGGUGGGCUUUUACGACGCCUCCCUGUCUCCAGAGCUCAGCCUUGUGGUGAAUGAAUCUGCCAUUCAGUGGCCAGUUGGGCAACAGGCGGUCCGGUCUGUGUGCAGUGAGAGCUGCCCACCAGGGAAGCGUGUAGCCAGGAGGAAGGGGAAGCCUGUCUGCUGUUUUGACUGUGUCACCUGCGCUGAAGGGGAGGUCAGCAACAACACCGAUUCUUUGGACUGCACAAGGUGCCCAGACGUCAUGUGGCCUAACAACAUGAGAAACCUUUGCCUCCCAAAGUAUGUUGAGUUCUUGUCUUACAAGGAGCCAAUGGGUAUUGUUCUAUGUACUGGAUCAGUUCUUGGAGCUUGUUCCUCUCUCCUUGUUUUGGCAAUGUUCUAUAAACACAGGGCCACACCCGUUGUCCGGGCGAACAACAUGGAACUGAGCUUUUUCCUUCUGCUGUUCCUGGCCACCUGUUUCCUCAUUGGGCUUUUGUUCAUUGGAGAGCCCUCUGAUUGGCUGUGCCGUAUUCGGUACCCAGCUUUCGGCAUCAGCUUUGCUCUAUGCAUCUCCUGCCUCCUGGCUAAGACAGUAGUGGUCCUAAUGGCUUUCAGGGCCACACUGCCAGGAAGUGGUGUUAUGAAGUGGUUCGGACCCAAUCAGCAAAGAGCAAGUGUGCUUCUGUGCACCGUAAUCCAGGGCUUGAUCUGUCUUAUCUGGCUUCUCACCUACCCACCUUUCACCAAUAGCAACACAGGCUACCUCAGGAACACCAUCAUUAUCGAGUGUGCUACCGGCUCGGAGGUCGGCUUCUGGUGUGUUCUUGGCUAUAUCGGCCUCCUGGCAUGCCUGUGCUUCUUCAUGGCGUAUUUGGCCCGUGAGUUGCCUGACAAUUUCAAUGAAGCUAAAUUCAUUACGUUCAGCAUGCUCAUUUUCUUUGCAGUGUGGAUCACUUUCAUCCCCGUCUACGUUAGCACCGCCGGUAAAUACACCGUGGCUGUGCACAUUUUUGCGAUUCUGGCUUCUGCAUAUGGUCUCCUGGUGUGUAUUUUUGCUCCAAAGUGCUACAUUAUCAUUUUCAAGCCAGCAAAAAACAGCAAGAAAAAUAUGAUCCUGGACAGAUGCUGCUUCAACCCCGGAAUUACCUCGGCUCUGCGAAUACCGAAGCCCAAGGUGCCGCUCAAGAGGUCGCCAAACUCCUCCCAGAGUGACUUGGAUGUGGCCCAGGCCUCGCCCGCGAUCCACUGGAUGCCUGUCCAGCCGAAGUGGCUGACCAAGCGGGCCAGGGCUCUGACCUGGAAGGCAUCGCUGGGCAUGGUGCGCAUGAACAUGGGAAACUCUGUCUGCUCGCUCAGACAGCUGCAGGAGGCAAAAGCCAUCGACACACCAGAGGAUGCAUCUCCUAUGAUAACAGGAGACGGGGACCUGGUGACAUCGGCACAACCUAACACUGGAGACCUGGAGCCUAAACUGAUCAGAUCUCCCUUGCCAGAAAUCUCCCCGACUAGCGCCAGACUCCCAUUCCCGGUGGCUGGGGGGCCUGGCUGGCCAUUCACUAGAAGCAGGGAGGCCUUCAGAGACACGGGGACGUCGUCGCAGCUGUCUCUGAUGUGGAACCCCAGCCUCAGCUCAGGCAGCAAGUCACUGCGCUGGUUGAUCUCCCUGAUAGCAAAGGUCAUGGUCCAGCCGAAGUGGCUGACCAAGCGGGCCAGGGCACUGACCUGGAAGGCAUCGCUGGGCAUGGUGCGCAUGAACAUGGGAAACUCUGUCUGCUCGCUCAGACAGCUGCAGGAGGCAAAAAGCAGGGAGGCCUUCAGAGACACAGGGACUUCGUCACAGCUGUCUCUGAUGUGGAACCCCAGCCUCAGCUUAGGCAGCAAGUCACUGCGCUGGUUGAUCUCCCUGAUAGCAAAGGUCAUGGCUUUGUCUUCCCUUGUCCUUGUUGCCAGAGUAUUACGUUCGUCACCGUCCAUGUUCCUCCAGCUCCUGACCCAGCCUUGUCCUAGCCACAACCUGAACCAAGAUUCUGACCUGAGUUCUAGUUUCUCGUUUUUGCCACCUGCCCUGUUCACAGACUGUGCUUACAUCGGAGAAGUAGAGUCAAACAGUUUUUACCAAGACGGAGAUGUGGUGUUAGGGGGUGUCUUUCCUCUACACUACACCCGUGUGUCUUCUCUUCCACCUUACACAUCCAAACCAGAACCUGGCUCAUACAAUUUCAGUGCCCGCGCCCUGCGUUGGAUGCAGACCAUGACCUUUGCUAUCAGGGAGAUCAACCAGCGCAAUGACCUGCUGCCUGCGCUGAGGCUGGGGUUCCACAUCAAAGACAGCUGUAACGAGGUCCCCGUGUCUCUGAAGGCCUCCCUGCUUCUGGUGAAUGGACAGCCGGGCCCCCCAGCCACCGGGAAUGGGAACUCCAGGUCUCCAGUGUUGGGUUGUGCCGAUGUCACCAGGUCCCCGUCUCCUGUUAUCAUAGGAGAUGCAUCCUCUGGUGUGUCGAUGGCUCUACUGAGAAGUCUGGGCCCCUUUCAGAUCCCCCUGGUGAGCUACUUUGCCUCCUGCAGCUGUCUGAGCGAGCAGACAGAGUUCCCAAUGUUCAUGCGCACCAUGCCCAGCGAUGCCUUCCAGGUCAGAGCCCUGGCCCGCUUGGUCAGCCACUUCGGCUGGACCUGGGUGGGGGUAAUUGGCGAGGAGUCUGACUAUGCAUACUUUGCCGUACAGCUCUUUCUCCAGGAGUCGUCACUGUAUGGCGUGUGUGCUGCCUAUGUUCACCAUUUUCCUGUAGUUCUGAGUCAGAAGCCUCUGGAUAAGCUACUGGAUGUCAUUCAGGGGUCAUCUUCAAAGGUCAUAAUCAACUUCUGCAUUGAGACGGAAGUGCAAAGCAUCAUGAGAGCCAUUCGACAGCGGAACAUCACAGGCAUCCAGUGGAUCGCGGGCGAGGCCUGGGCCACAGCCAAUUCACUCUGGGAGGAGUUUGGCGACCUCUUGAGCGGCACCUUGGGCUUCGGUAUUCGCAGAGCCGAGGUAAUUCCAGGGUUGAAGCAGCAUCUGUCCAGCCUUCGACGGUCCAACAUCCAAGACUCGGCAUUCCUCACAGAGUUCUGGGAAGAGUCACUUAACUGCAGACUGAACGGAUCUGUGAACACACAUUAUCAUUACAUUGACAAUCAUCUGGAUCGAAAGCCUUGCAGUGGCAUGGAGGAUUUAAACGACGUGUACUCUGCCUUCUCAGAUGUGAGCCAGCUCAGGGUGUCGUAUAACGUGUACAAGGCUGUGUAUUUGGUGGCCCAUGCACUGCAGAGAAUGAGUGACUGUGUGGUGGGGCAGGGGCCUUUUGUGAACGGCACCUGUGGAAAACCUCAAAGUCUAGAGCCGUGGCAGCUGUUCCACUACAUGAAGAUUACUAAGUUCUCCAUAUUGGGUGAAAAAGUGGACUUCGAUCAUAACGGUGACCCCAUCGCUUUGUAUGACCUCAUAAACUGGCGAAGGGAGCAGGAUGGCUCUCUGCGGCUGCUGAAGGUGGGCUUUUACGAUGCCUCCCUGUCUCCAGAGCUCAGCCUGGUGGUGAAUGAUUCUGCCAUUCAGUGGCCUGUUGGGCAACAGGCGAUCCGGUCUGUGUGCAGUGAGAGCUGCCCACCAGGGAAGCGUGUUGCCAGGAGGAAGGGGAAGCCUGUCUGCUGUUUUGACUGUGUCACCUGUGCUGAUGGGGAGGUCAGCAACAACACCGAUUCUUUGGACUGCACACGGUGCCCAGACGACAUGUGGCCUAACGACAUGAGAAACCUUUGCCUCCCAAAGAAUGUUGAGUUCUUGUCUUACAAUGAGCCAAUGGGUAUGGUUCUAUGUGCUGGAUCGGUCCUUGGAGCAUUUUUCUCUCUCCUUGUUCUGGCUUUGUUCUUUAAACACAAGGCCACACCCGUUGUACGGGCUAACAACAUGGAACUGAGCUUCUUCCUUCUGCUAUUCCUGGCAACCUGUUUUCUCAUUGGGCUUUUGUUCAUUGGUGAGCCCUCUGAUUGGCUGUGUCGUACCCGGUACCCAGCAUUCGGCAUCAGCUUUGCUCUAUGCAUCUCCUGCCUCCUGGCUAAGACAUCAGUGGUCCUAAUGGCUUUCAGGGCCACACUGCCAGGAAGUGGUGUUAUGAAGUGGUUCGGACCCAAUCAGCAAAGAGCAAGUGUGCUUUUGUGCACGGUGGUCCAGGGCUCGAUCUGCCUUAUCUGGCUGCGCACAAACCCACCUUUCACCAAUAGCAACACAGGCUACCUCAGAAACACCAUCAUUAUCGAGUGUGCUACCGGCUCGGAGGUCGGCUUCUGGUGUGUUCUGGGCUACAUCGGCCUCCUAGCAUGCCUGUGCUUCUUCAUGGCGUUUUUGGCCCGUGAAUUGCCUGACAAUUUCAAUGAAGCUAAAUUCAUUACGUUCAGCAUGCUCAUUUUCUUUGCGGUGUGGAUCACUUUCAUUCCCGUCUACAUGAGCACCGCCGGUAAAUACACUGUGGCUGUGCACAUUUUUGCGAUUCUGGCUUCUGCUUAUGGUCUUCUCUUUUGUAUUUUUGCUCCAAAGUGCUACAUUAUAAUUUUAAAUCCAGAAAAAAACAACAAGAAAAAUAUGAUGCAUAAAUGA